CAAUUUGAAAGAUGGCGGCGCACAUGCAGAAGAACAACAAGACGGGGAAAUCUGGAGGAAAAGAGGCUCAGCCUCUGAUAAUCGCCAAAACUCCGGCAGAAGAACAACGUCUGAAGUUGGAGAGGUUGAUGCGGAAUCCGGAUAAGAUCGCUCCCAUCCCGGACCGGCCUAAAGAAUGGAACCCGCGGGCUCCGCCGGAGUUUGUCCGAGAUGUGAUGGGCUCCAGCGCCGGGGCAGGCAGCGGGGAGUUCCAUGUUUACCGGCACCUCCGACGCAGAGAGUACCAGCGGCAGGACUUUCUGGACAAGAUGGCAGAUAAGCAAAACCAGGACCUGGAAUAUCUGGAUAAGGUGGAACAAAACAAACAGGCAGCCGAGGACAGAACGGCGAAGCGCAGGAAGAAGCGGGAUAAGCUGAAGCAGAAAAAGUUGAUGAUAAAGAAGGCAAAGCUGGAGGCCAAAAACAAAAAAGAAGAAGACACCACCGGCAAGAGCUCGGAGAGCAGCGAAGAAGAAGAGGAGGAGGAAAGAGAGGCUGAAGACGAUGCCGAGGCUCCCAGCUUCAUAAUGGGAAAGAAAUGACUGGGAGGACUUGAAACUGGUUUUAAUCCUCCUUGGUAGGGACAUUGUAGGUGAUUGAUCAUGAGGCCUUGGAGGACAUGGACACUGAAUCACAUGAGAACCUCAGAGAGAAGAUCUGGAACCACUUUGAGGCCCGCACAGGAAAUUGUUAUGACAUUUUGUACUAUUUAAUACCAGAAAAACCUGGAUGGACUGCCCAGUGUACUUGGCAGGAAGCCACAUUGAGUGUAUUGUUUUAAGAUGACCACAGUGGUCAGUGGCCCAGUUGGAAAAGAGACAUGCUGAGGCACCUCAGAUUUCUUCUUUAUGCUGUCCAUAAUAUCACUGAAGUAUUGCUUUGUCACAUUUCAGAUAGCUGGCCAGGCGUUGUCUUCAGGGACUUCUUGAGUUUGCAAAAAUGUAUGACCGAUUUCUCAGAAUAUUGACUUGAUUGAAUCAUUGGGAAUCCUCUACAUUUUAAUGUAACGUUUCAAAUGGAAUAAAAACACGAACAUAUAUGGACAUUUCGGUGUUUUGCGGUUUGUUUGCAUUUAAAUUGCUAAAUUCUCUUUUUGUUGCGGUCACUGUAAUAAGUUGACAUUGCAUUAAAUGCAAGCAAGGACUGUAUCUUUGUAUCUACUGCAUCUACAUCUUGAUCAGUCUUUGCAGCCUUGUGAAGCUGCUCCUUGCAGGACAAUUGCUUGCGGGCACAACAAGGUUGCAGAAAGCAACUCAAAGAAUGAAAAGGCGUGACUUCUGGAGGCUCAGGAGUUUCACGUGCGAUGUUCCUUGGACAGACCCCUGCUUUCCACGGCGGUGACGGUCUCGCUCUGUAGCCAUCACCUUUCUUGAGGCAGGUAGAGUAAAACCUGGCAGCCAGAUAUUGUUUGAAUCAGGGAAAGCUCUUCCUGUCAGACACUGUCAGCUGUCACAGUAACAUCCGAUUUCAAGGCACACACUGCUUCAAAAACUUUGGCUUCUGUAAGAAACUUUUAAAUUGCAAUAAGAUUUCCACGCAGGGCUGUGUGCAGAACAAACGAGACCUCUGGUCCAGUUAUUGGGUCUUUGAGUCUUCGCUCCUGUGCUGGUAUUCCACAUUUCUAUUAUUCAUGAUUCUCUUUAAUGUGCACCUUCACAGUUUUUGGCUUUGUUAGAAUGAGUUCAGCCGGUGCUGUUAUGAUUUAUAAAUGACACGUGUAAUCCAAACUGCUAGUUUCUUCUAAGUGGAUUCUGUGCUCUGAUGGUAGAUUUCACUCAUUAAAGAUGCAUUGAAGUUCCCUGCUGAGGUCGGAUGAGGAAUAUUACAGAACUGCAAUAAAAUGUGGGUCACUGCAGAAAGCGUGGACUGCUUUUCACAGCUUGUUUUAUACAAAUUUCAUUGCAUCACAUUAAGAUCCAAAAUGAGGGUUUUAGGUUCCCACAGAUAUUCGUAAGUGAUUAAAAACUUAAUUGUGCACGUUCUUUGAUAAAUGCUGUACUUUAUAAAGUGAGCCCAUUACAUGCCAUGCAUUUUUCAAACUGAAAUGUAGGUUACUAUGAGUGUAGGCAGAUUCUGAAGCUGCAGAAGGAAAUAAAAGCAUGUUUGACCAGUUCAGCAGAGAAAUAUGGACACGCAUCAAGUGGGCCCUGUCAAACAGGAAUCAAACACAAUGUCACAAUUGAGAAAUAUUCAUAGAUACAUUUGUUAUUAUUGUACUGCUGCAUUAUAUAAAUCCUACCCUCAGGCAAGGCGGAGCAAAGAUAUUUUGACAUGUGCCUCUCCAGCAGCCAAAGGAGAUUAAAGGAUUGAAUGGAAAAUACAUAAUUUUAAAUAGCCUUGAGUCAAC